CAUAUUUGAUUUAUUCGAAAUCGAUGAACGUAAUACUCUUGGGUGAGGUAGUAUAGUUCAAAAAUGGAUCGCAAAUAUGAGAAACAGAUUUGGCUGAUCGAGACAGUCAUGUCAACGUAAAAGUCGUGAAAAUCGACAUGUAAGAAAAAAGUUUUUGAUCUUGUAAGGAUUCCGCGGAGACGGGAAAUAAGAGUGAAGAAUUAGAGUGUAAAUAGCGAAGUAAGGAACAAUUUAAUUGUAAAAUGUCAAGUACGCCGCUUGAAGAGCAGAAUAAAAAAAUUCAGAAACGUAUGUUAAAUUUGACCGAUGUUCGUAUCAUUCCUCUUCCUCGUGAUUCAAAAUGGUUAAGACCACUCCAAAUGAUUUAUGUCCAAGAUAAUAUGCAAAAGAAAUGGGAUCUUGCGCUGUCGGGCGAUAGUGUAUCUAUAAUUAUAUUUAAUAUUAGUCGUCGAAAGCUGAUCUUCGUCAAGCAAUUUCGACCUGCUGCCUUUUUCGCCUGCCUGCCGAAUCGAGAAAAAACUAAGGAAAUCGAUCUCGCCAAAUAUCCACCAAUGCUUGGUCUUACUAUUGAACUUUGCUCCGGUGUCGUCGACAAAGAUAAGCCUUUGGUAAACAUUGCUCAAGAUGAAGUUCAAGAAGAAUGUGGAUAUCAAGCGCCAACCUCGGCUUUUCAAAAAAUUUUAACAUACAGGUCUAUAGGCUGUGCAGUAAGCAAACAAACGUUAUUCUACGUUGAAGUCACGGAUGAAAUGAAUAUCCAUCCUGGAGGUGGAUUGGAAUCGGAAGGCGAAUUGAUUGAAAUUAUUGAAAUGAGCGUCGAAGAAGUAAGAAAUUACAUUAAUUCCGAAGAGGUUCAAAGCCCCGCUAGUUUUCUUAAUGGUGUUUCGUGGUUUCUUAUUAAUAAGAAGGAUCGAUAUGUUUAAUCCAAACAAAGCAGUAGUUAUUAAAAUUAUAUAUUUAAAUAAUUAAUUUUGAAUAACAAAUAAAAAU